AUAAAAGCGAAACUCUCAACAGCUAAAGGCAUUAGACGGAAAGGAAACCUUCUCAAUAUGGAAGCAAAAGCGAAUACAGAAAAGGAAAAACUUCGUGUAGCGAAAACCGCAAUUUUUAUUUUGUUUUGUGUUUUUUUGGAGCGAUACAGUACAGGUGGAAUUGCAUCUGUACUCUUCAUGUUCUUUAAUGAAAAGAUUGGAUACGAUGAAGACGAAUCAACGGCUGCUUAUCAUACCUAUGAAUUUCUAUCGUACUUUUUCCCCAUAGUUGGUGCAGUCAUAGCCGACAGUUUGUUUGGCAGACUCCGGACAAUAGUUUGCAUGUGCAUAAUAAUUGCCAUAGGUUCUUUAAUAACUGCCAUUGGUGUUGUUGAUACUCUUAACCUUCCUAUAAAUAUAAUCGGCUUGGUGAUAUUAACUUUCGGCGAUGGUUGCCUUAUAACAUUGUUCCCUACAUACGGUGCAGAGCAGUACCGAUCAACCGAGAUCAAAAGUAUUGACUGGUUUUUUGCCUCAUACUAUUUCAUGUUCAAUUGUGGCAGCAUUGCUUCAAGACUAGUCGCUCCAAUUCUUCGAGAAGAUGUUAAAUGCUUCCGAAAUGAUGAUUGCUAUCCAGUGAUUUUUGGUUUACCUGCAAUUUUAAUGGUUGCUGCUGCUUUAUUGGUCAUGGUAGGCAACAGAUACUCCGAAACUAAGCAGGUCCGGGGCCACACAAUACUCAAUGUACUCUCUUGCAUGACGUAUGCAGUCGUCAAGAAAUUCAGCUCGAGGAAAACUACACAAUAUCAACAUUGGCUCGACUAUUCAAAAGAUAAAUAUGGAAAUGAGUUGGUGUCAGACACUCGUAUCAUACUUAAAGUAAUCGUCCUCUAUAUUCCGAUAACGGUUUUCUGGGCUCUAUUUUACCAGCAAGGUUCGCGUUGGGUCUAUCAGGCAACGCAAAUGAAUGGUGAUCUUGGUUUUUACACCAUCAAAGCUGAUCAGUUCAAUGUCGCCAAUCCACUGUUUGUCAUAAUCUUAAUUCCUCUAUUCGAGCAUGUUCUGUAUCCACUGUUAGCUAAAGUCAGAAUCCGAACCGCUUUGCAGAAAACAACAUUGGGUGGGGUGUUGGGAGGAAUCUCUUUUCUAAUAUCCGCAAUCAUUCAACUACAAAUUGAAAGCAAAUUCUUGCACAUGACAUGGCUGAUUCCACAAUAUUUGUUCAUGGCAAUGGGUGAAAUUCUGGUAGCGAUAUCGUUAAUAAAUUUCUCGUUUUCGGAAGCACCGGACAGUAUGAAAACUCUUCUGCAAGCCAUGUUCUAUUUGUCGGCUGGAAUCGGCAAUCUGAUCGUAGUUGUUGUUGCGGGAAGUAGGAUCUUUGAUUCUCAAUUUUAUGAGUUCAUUCUGUACACCGGACUCAUGUUUUUCGAUAUGAUCCUUUUCGCGUUGUUAGCAAAGAGAUACAAGUCAGAGAAAGUGCAGCGAUGUGAUGAAAUUAUCGAAAACAGUUAGUGAAUGGUGUGUGUCAAAGCACCUAGCAUAGUGUAGAAAACCCUAGGUAGGUUACUUUUUACUCUAAUGCUUGGCAAUCAUGAGUGAUCGUAGUGACAGCUGUCAAACAGGAUACUGUUUUUCAUGAAAUUUUUUACAAAUAUUUUUACAAUGCCAAAAUUUGUAUGAUACACUCUUCAGUUUUAGUACUCUAGUCAUGCUGGAAGUGUGCUGUCUAAUCGCAUGACCUCGAAACAGUGUAAACAUGUAAAAUUGCAUUAUGGUACACUGUCAUGAAUUUACACUAUUUACACUAUAAAUGAUUUACGUUAUAAGCUAGUUAAGUCAAAAACGCAAAAGUUGAGGUGUUAAGUGGCAACUGUUUGUAUAAUUUAAUAUAUUUUGAGUCACGAGGACAAUGGUUUCGUUCAAGAACAUACACUAAAUAUGCUCUCAAUAGAGGCCAAUAAAGGUUUUCUCGUGUAACUUGUUUUUCUAGAAAUUUUUAUUUAUUUCUGAACACUAAAUACUCUUAAUGAAGAUGUGCUUUUUACGGCUGACUUAUUUGUUUCGCUUUAACUUUGAUUUUG